CCUCCGUGCUGCGGUGGUCUCAGCAGGUUAUCAAGAGUACCUUCUUACAGGUUGAUGAGAUAAUGGCAGGAAAAGUGAAGUGGGUAACUGACAUAGAAAAAUCAGUUCUAAUAAACAACUUUGAAAAAAGAGGCUGGAUUCAGGUGGCAGAAAAUGAGGACUGGAAUUUUUAUUGGAUGAGUGUACAAACAAUCAGAAAUGUUUUCAGUGUGGAAACUGGUUACCGCCUUUCUGAUGACCAAAUUGUCAACCAUUUCCCCAAUCACUACGAACUGACCAGAAAAGAUUUGAUGGUAAAGAACAUCAAACGGUAUAGGAAAGAACUUGAGAAGGAAGGAAGUCCUCUUGCAGAAAAGGAUGAAAAUGGAAAAUAUAUUUAUUUGGAUUUUGUUCCAGUAACUUUUAUGCUUCCUGCUGAUUAUAAUCUCUUCGUUGAAGAAUUCAGAAAGAAUCCUUCCAGCACUUGGAUUAUGAAACCUUGUGGUAAAGCUCAGGGAAAAGGAAUAUUUCUAAUCAAUAAACUGUCUCAAAUUAAAAAAUGGUCUCGAGAUAGCAAAACAUCCUCGUUUGUAUCUCAGUCUUCCAAGGAAGCCUAUGUGAUUUCUCUCUACAUCAACAAUCCAUUACUGAUUGGGGGAAAGAAAUUUGACCUUCGUCUGUAUGUUUUGGUAUCUACGUAUCGCCCACUGAGAUGUUACAUGUAUAAACUUGGAUUUUGCCGAUUUUGCACAGUAAAAUAUACACCAAGUACGAGUGAACUGGAUAACAUGUUUGUACAUCUUACAAAUGUUGCCAUUCAGAAACAUGGGGAUGAUUACAAUCAUAUCCAUGGAGGCAAGUGGACAGUGAGUAACUUGCGCCUGUAUCUGGAAAGCACCCGUGGAAAGGAAGUUACAAACAAGUUAUUUGAUGAAAUUCACUGGAUAAUCGUGCAGUCGCUGAAGGCUGUUGCGCCUGUAAUGAAUAACGAUAAACAUUGCUUUGAGUGCUAUGGAUAUGACAUUAUCAUUGAUGACAAGCUUAAGCCGUGGCUAAUUGAGGUUAAUGCUUCCCCUUCUCUUACUUCCAGUACUGCUAAUGAUCGCAUCUUGAAGUAUAAUCUCAUUAAUGACACACUGAACAUUGCUGUGCCUAAUGGGGAAAUUCCAGACUGUAAAUGGAAUAAAUCUCCACCUAAAGAGGUUCUUGGCAAUUAUGAAGUCUUAUAUGAUGAAGAGAUGGCGCAAAGCGAUGGUUCUGAUCGUGACUUGCGAAGUCGUUCCGGGCAAUCCACUGGAACAAAAGGAAAUCGUGGGAGAGAUUCAGGAAAGCCUGUACUGACCACCUGGAAAUAAUGACUAAGCAGAACAGCUGCUGAGUUGGUAGGACAGCAUCAUGAAAAAAUGAGUUCAUGAACAGAUUUCUCUAUUUCACCAUGUUGUGUGAGGGAAACAAUCAAAGAAAACAAUACAGCCUUUGAAAAUAAGUGAAAUGAGCACUCCUAAACCUGGAUCUUUAUAAUACAUGCACUGACUUGCCAAUUAUACACAUGCAUGUAUAUAUAUUUAAAAAGUAUAAUAUAUGUAAUUAAUUUAAUACAAGAAUAUUUAAGCUUGUAGUUCUCUGAAAGCAACAAAUUCUACAUUUUUAGAAGCAUCUCUGUUCGGACGUUGGAGAAGCCAGUAAUUACUAUGAGGUUUCUUUAUAAAGAUGACGUUUAAGAAUACAUGUUCUGAUAUACAGAGCAACAAGUGUUCUGUAAUUUAUUUUCUCAAGUAGCUUAUCUCUACAUUCCUGUGAUAAAAGAGAUACAGAUAAUGGGAAAGAGUAGUAAUGGUGAGCGUCAGUAUUGUCACAAUGGUGGUUCAGCUGCUUGCUAGGAAAAAAAAUGUAACAAGGGAAAAAACAGCAGUGUAUGGAGUUGAGACUAUUGUCAAUUAAAGUGGCUAAAGAUUUAUGACCAGUCUUAGGUACUUGAAAAGUAAAUCUUUACAUGCAGGGCUUUUUGUUUGUUUGUUUGCUUUGUUUUUGUUUUUUUUUUUUGCUUGGGUUUUUUUUUGUUUGUUUUUUGUUUUGCCUUUAGAUAUUUUGGAGCUGAUAAUUCUUUAAAAGUAGAAAGUUUCAUGUAAACAAGGAAUGUUUCAGGUAGUAUGUUGAUGUAUUAUUGGGCUAGCCAUUAGUUUUUACUGCAAGGUAAUUUGUCUUUGGAAAAUCAGGCAGAACAUCUAUAACUGUAAUAAAUCUGAUUGCUUGAGAAUGGCUGUAAAUUGACUGGCUGUAAAUCUUUACUUGCACUAGAAUUUCUUCAUGUAAGUACUUCUGUGUCUUUUUGUGUAUUUUGUAUGUACUACCACAACAAUAUUGUUGCAUGCGAUAAACUAUUUCUAGCUCUGAUUUCAAAAGUUGUGAUGAUUGGAUACUGAAAUGUAUAGAGCAAAAAUAGGUAUUUUGGUCUUCUAACAGCAUAGUGUAUAAACUAACCAGCUGGGUCCAUCAGUGGCUACCUUCACUUACAUUUCCACCAGUUGUUGAGCUGUUACUUAUAAUGAUGUCUCGAUGUGCAGCUCUGAUAAUCUUUCUUCAUCAUUAUUUCUCUGUCCUCACUCCCCUUCCCCUUUAUUUUUUUUUCUUUGAUUAUGAAGUGUUAUGGAGAGAAAUACAAAAGGAGGCUUAAAGUUACAAAUAUCCAUGCACCUGUAAUAAACUCUAAUCUGGAUAUCACUAAUGCAGCAAUACUCAAUUUCUGUCUGUCACAGCAGGCUAAGUACUUUUCACCUUUCUGUGUGGCAGGGCUGUAUAAGUGCGUACAUUUUAAACUUAGCCUCUCCUGAUGCCCUUAGACAUGAUCUGGGAUUCAUCCUUGCAAAAAAGAAUGAAAUACAUGGACUGAGUUGGUUACUCCAAGUGUAAUUUUCAUCUUCAUUAAUCUUGGCUGUUUCUUUGAAAUAAAGACCAAAAUAUAGCUGAUUGUCUGGUCAUUAGACUUAAUGAAUCUUCUCACUGGCCUUUACAAAAGCAUAUUCAAUUUGGCUCGUGAAGUAAGUUAAUAUUAUUGCAUGGCAGUGAAGCUCUUCUAAAUCCCAGGUCUCAUAGCUGUUAGGUUUGGUGUGUUUUAAUUCUUUUUUAAUUCUUGAGCCUGAGUUUUGCUUCAGUACUUGAACCUCAACAGGUAGGCCACUCAUAAGUAGAUGUACAGUCAGAUAUUAUGUGUUGUGUUAAUGACGGGAUACUUAGACAGACAUUUCCUGCUUUUGCCCAAAUUGGCUGUUACUACAAAGUAUGUAACAAGUUGACAACCUUAGGAAAUAAUAGGCUGUAAUAUUCUGUAGUAUGGUUGU